AUGACCUUGCCAAAGAGCACUCAAAAAAUAACUGACAAGUUGAACCAAAAAAUGAACAUCUCGAACACGUCGGAGCUAUGGCUUGGUAAACGUAAAUUACACGCUUCUUCAUUUGAAUUUACAGAAAACUCGGAUUCCAAUCCAACUUCUAUAAUCUCAAAACAUGCUUCUUCACAUGGGUUGGUCUCAGCAAUUAUUCAUUCUUAUACUCUUCACCAACAUCUUCGAUUAUCACCAGAUGAUGUAUGGUUAACAAUUGCACAAUGUAUUAGUAGGCACAUUUGGAAUAAUGCUGAACGUUUUCGUUACUUAUUUGUUAGCCAUGAAGGUCAUGAAGAUGUCUUUGUGGAUGCUCGAGAUAUUAUAGGAUAUGUUAACCAAAACUUUAUAGGCGAUUGGUCACAAGCGAUUUCUCGGCUUUCUAAGACUAUUGAUAAACGAGUUAAAAAAGUUGGUUUAAAACAGCAUCUCGAAUGUGAUUUUUCUAUCUCAACAAUUUCAUGGUAUGAGUUGUUUAGCAGUAUAUUUGACGGAGUUAAAGACAACCUUAUACAACUGGGAUCUGAUAUUGAAAUUUCUUUUAUGGAGUUGGUGAAAGGAGCUAAACAAACUACUGCUAUAGAAACAAUAGCUUUUUGUAAAGCGUGUAAUGGUCUUGGUACAAAAGGUACAAAAAUAUCACCUGGAAAUAGAUGUCCGACAUGCUCUGGUAUAGGUCAAUGA